AUGGCAGAGCAUAAAAAGAUACAUUUGGUUAUGUAUCCAGAGUUGUUUGAUGACCUAGUUAUUCAUAUUAACUACUUCACGUUUCUCAUGAUUCCGUUUUCAACAGGGUAUUUUCUGUAUGAUUCCAUUGAUAUGCUGAUCAACAAAAAACUACGUCAAAAUUGGGAGGUCACCAUCCAUCAUAUUGCUGUGGCGUCCAUGUUUUGGUUCAAUUUCCAACAGAAGUUGUGCAUCGGCUAUAACGUUUUGGCACUAAUGGCUGAAAUAAACAGCUUUUUCCUGCAUACACGAAAGUUGUUACAGAUGAUGAAGGUUGAUUAUAACUCUACAUUUUAUAAACUUGUGUGCCUCUGUAAUAUAGGAACGUUUUCUGUAUUUCGAGGUUACUCCAACGUUAGAAUAUUGGUUGGAAUGUACAUUGAAUUUGACAGAGUCCCAAAGUUUUACUUCAAAUGUCUAACAAUGUCUAUGACUUGUAUGUCUCUUAUAAACAUUAUUCUCUUCUGGAGGCUGCUGAAGAGUGAUUUCCUGCGUAAUCGGGUAAAACAGCCUGUUAACUCAACCGUUAAACCAAUCAAUCCUGAAAAUAACAUAAAUGGUAACCGCCACACAGCACAUAUGAAAGUGGAAUAA